AUGAUUCAUUGGUUCCGUAAACAAACGUCUGACAUCCAUAACAGGUCAAGUUAGCUAAUUUUUUAGCGGAUACUUGUUUUCUGUCAUCUGUGGAUUUAGUGACACCUUCUAAAAAUAACGUCUGAAUAACAGCGAACAUUAUUGUUCACACUUUUAUGUCAUUGCGUCGUAUUUGCUCAAUUAAAGCUGCUGCUCGCGAAGUAGCGGUUGGCUUGCAGCGCAUCUAGCCUGAUAGUGAAAGGGGAAGUGACUUAAACAUGUCUGGACCAAAUGGAGAUCCAAACAUCUCUGUGGACGACGGAAUCAUUAAUGACGAGGAUGAUUUCGGCGACGGAGAGUACGUCGCUAUCAACUCCAUGCUAGACCAGAUCAACUCCUAUCUUGAUGACCUAGAGGAGCGCAAUGAUUCACUCAAUGGUAAACUGCACGACCUGAUGGAGUCAAACCGACAAGCUCGGCAGGAGUUCAGGGCCCAGCUGUUGGGCUCCCAAAACGAGGGGGACCAACAUCCUGCAGAGGAGGACGUGACCAAAGAAGAAGGCACCUCGGAAAUGGGUGACAAGAACGAGUAGAUAAAGUGGACUGAGUUCAGAAAAAUGCAAGAGUUAACUCUGUUUCUGAUGUGUGACCUGCACAGUCCAUACCUGUCAGAUUCUUCUGUGAAUUCACACCCUCAUCAGCAGAUGUGUGCUCCACUGUGAUACAGUAUUUCUCCCGAGUUGAACUGUAAUGUGCCAGUUACUUUGGUCACUGAGCAGAGCAGAGCUUGUUGACCACUAGCAGUACAUCACAGUUACUUUGCACUUUAUUGCAAGUCAGAUGUGUUUACCGUGUUAAACGCUGCAGUCCUCUGCAGAACCGGGCUUAGUUUAGUGCAAGAAAUCAUUGAAAGAAAGCCACAAAAAUAUAUACAUUUAAAGAAGUUAAUGUGGCAUAAUUAAGCUAAAUAUAUUCAAAAUACAGGACAAUGCUCAGAUUUCAGAAAAUAAACUAAAUUAUUUUUAAUUAUCCAGCUCUUUCACCAAGAGAUUUGUAUAUAUCUUGUUGCUUAGAUUGUCUUUGGUGAUCUGCACCACGUGUGUUAUACAGAUCAUCGUCAGUGGUCACAAUCAUUCUGGCUUUAUAGGGAAAUAUUGACAUCAGCUCAGAAAUAGCUGUACAGUGUUAUUAGUGUUGUUAAAAAUGUAUGCAACAUUCCAGAGUGUCUAUCACAGUUUAGUGUUUGAUGUUUAGCAUGACUGCAGAUCUUCACAUUUCUGUUUUAGAAUAAGCAAUACACUCUGAAAAAAGUUUCAAUGUGAUACAAAUUUGAAGAGAAGAAAUGAAGUUGGAAAGUUGUUGAAAUUGUCAGACAUUUUUAAUAUAAAUUAAAAUAUCCCCCAACAAAAAAGCAAACAUCCAAAAAUACAUUAAACUUCCAGCGAUUAGAAAACAUCACCUGUUUGUUCAUCUCAGUUUGUCAGUAGCUGAAUAAAAAUGCAGUAAGAAACACA